CAAUUAAGUACGUUUGUCCUUGAAAUUAUUCCUUAAUUCGAUGGAAUCCAUUUUUAGGGCUCCCUUUUGUAGACAACAAAGAACCAUGAUGAAUAAUACGUGAGAUUUCUAUCACAGAAACUGCGUAAUUUAUAAUAGAAGUCACGUAGAGAUUCUGCAAAGAUUCAACGUGAUCUGGGCAAACUAUCUUUCUGAGAUAACACAGAUCACCUGCUCAGGGUAUGAGUCCCCAGAAGAUGACUGUAUUUGGGAAUGGUAAUUGUGAGGGGAGGCUAUCAAAGUGCAAAUAGUGCUUUAAUUAUUUUGUGACUGUGCGAUCUUGAGAGUGGAAUAAGAUUCUGCGAGUUGAGUAUUCAGUUUAGUGUCAGGAUGAAUAGCUGGUGGAUUGCUCUGAGUGUCUCUCUUCUGGGAGUCUGGGUGGGCUUGGCAGGAGCCACAGUCCCCUUUCAAGUCUCCAUUAGACUGUACAAUGAUGUCUAUUCUGCUGGUCAGGAUCACUUUCAUCUCUGCAAUGGUGCCAUUGUCCAUCAGAAUUAUGUCCUCACAACAGGACACUGUGUCAAGGAUACUAUCUUAUUCGCCAAUUCCAGUCGCGCUUUGACUCCUCAAAUGAUUUACGUGGUGGCGGGAAAUCUGUCAACUGCUCAGAAUGUCUCAACGGCAACCGUGAGGAAUGUGAAGAAGAUCACAAUCCACAAGAACUACAAUCCCGUCACCCUCGAGCAUGAUAUUGCUCUGCUAGAGCUAGAUCAGUCACUCCCACUCCAGAACAACACUGACGUCAAGUGGAUUCAGUUGGACAAUGGCGAAGUGGCCAGGAGCCCAUGUUUCAUCUCCAUUCUCAAUGAGACGAAUGGAGUAUUCAAGAAUCUGGACAAUGUCAGGAUUAUCGAUAUGUUUUACUGCAAUAAAAGUGCAAACUUCUCAUCCCCGAAGAAGGAUGACAUUUGUUCCCAGUACACCAUCAAUGGUGGUUCCUGGUGCGGAACUACAGAUCUCCAGUACAAAUACAGCCCAGAUCGGGGAUCAGCGCUCGUUUGCAAUAAAGUUUUAAUUGGUUUGCUGUCUUCCAUUGAACCCUCUGAUGAUCCCUUUACCACGGAUUGUCUUCAGAGCAAGAAAACCUUUGCUUUCUACACAACUGUCGAGGAAUACGUUCCCUGGAUCAAUAUGGUCAUCGGUCUGACGCAUGGAAAGCCACCAAAUCCGCCCACAACCCACAUGUACGGGGACAAGGAGAAAGGAGCAAGUGCAAGAGUCGCACCAGGAAUUGCCAUCUUUACUGCCCUUGUUCUUGUUUUUAUGCAAAUAACCCAUUAAAUAAAUAGUACAUUCUUCUGUUAUGUUA